AUGGACUUCCGUGAAUCUGGCAGGGGUGAUGGAAAGAAAAGCCAAGCUUACGACAACCCAGUUCAAGAGCCCCAGGCGGCUCUGGCGGCCGAUUUGGGGCCGGGCUUUGUGGAUGUCAACGGCGACGUGGGAGGACCUGGCCAUAACGAGACUGCGGUCGAUGUUAUUGCGGUGCCCUGUCCCGGCGCCGAUCCUCUACAGACCUGGAGCACCGGCCCUGAGCUCGGCGGCGAUACCUCUGCGCUUGAUUUGCUGGACCAGGUGUCGCAGAUGCGCAACGCAGCGGUGAGCACGCCCCAUCGUGGAUCCAGUUUCAUGUCCAUGCCGCACCUCAAGGGAAGCAUCCAGGAGCUCCUUCACUUACAAGCCACCCUUCCCCGGUCUCUCAGUGAUCAGCUUCGAGUCAACAACAGCCAGCUCAUUGGCCUGCAUGACCAGUUCGUGGACAUGGCUAGUGAGCUUCGUUUAUGGUCCUUCUAUGAGACCCGAGAAUCGUUGCUGUCAGGCUCCGCUGCUGGUCUUCCGAGCGAGGUGCAGUUCGACGCCCCCCUAGUCUCAGUCAAGUCUGCACUCGUAGAUCUCUGGCAAGAAGACGUUUACGCCAUGGACAGCGAUCAUGCCCAUCUCGCGUCGUUCGGGCCGAGGAAUGCGGGCAUCUUGGAUUCCUACCUUGCAGAUUUGGCCGAGGCGAUACGCAAAGCAGCGCUGCUCAGUUCUGCCUAUACCCACACACCGCUGCAUUUGAGAUCCCGCGUUAAGGUUGAGAUUGUCGGUUUCUAUGAGGACCCAGGCCCUUCCCUGGAAUCACCUCGGCCAUAUACCACCGAGUUUCCGGGUGCAGAGACGGGUUCCAUCAUCCGCCUCUACUCUACCAGGUACUCUCUCAAGGAGUUCCUCAGACAAGGGCCUGAGCUAUGCUUAGCGGAGCGUCUCCAUAGAGGUCAAAGGGGACAGCCUAGUCAGCUGGGGAGCGGUGGCAACGCAGAACCGCAAGCCUCCGCAGGAACGGACAGCAACGGCCUGGACUUUCCCAACCUGACGACCGACUCGUCGUUGAGCGCUACGGCGGCGUUUUCGCCAGCAAUCGCCAUCACAAGUCCUUCGGAGAGACCGUCGCUUUUGAGGGCAGGCCCAGCCCAGUCGGAACCCACCGUCCGACCUUCAAGCCCCGAAAGCACUGCCAGCGUCAGCACUACCGUGUCGGAGCCAGCACCGGCGAAAAGCGGUGAACUCUCUGGUGGAGCAUCCCAUCAAGUGGUUGAUAUUCUCGCUAAACAAAAGGCACGGAUUCUGAUAAAACAACACGCGCUCACCGCUGCGGCCGGGCUCCCUCGACCCGACCCAUCGCUCAGGAAGUUCAUGUGGGUUCACAUGCCGUACAAUAACCCUGUCUGGGUAAAAGAAACCUUCGCGACCCUCGCAAGAACACAAGGGCUGGACUUCUCGCGGCUGUUUGACUACGACAACUGGGUGUCCAAACAAAUCCAGAACCGUAACUCGGAUUCCCAACCAGCGUACCUCAAAGCCAUGUGCAAAUAUCUCCCGGCAGUGGACCGACCGACUUCGCCCCGGAUCUCCCCGCCCACAUUCGGCCCAAGCACCCCUGGGAUCAUGCCCAGCUGUCUCUAUGUUUACCUUCCGUUUCUUCACUUUGACACAUAUCGCUGCAUGAUCCGGCGUCGAAAGCUGAUCGCAAGGCGCCGGUAUCAUGGAAGAGCAAAGCCUGUUCCGAAGUGGGUUGCCCAGCAGGAUUCCCUAGAGCUGAAAGCGAUCUGGGAGUACAUCGGGUAUGACCCGCCGCUAAAUUGCCGGCGGACGCUGGAUCAGUUUGGGCAUCCCUCCCUCAGGGACACCAAUUCUCGGGAUGACGAUCAAAUGCUGUACAAGCUGACCAAGAAGGAUGAACCGCCACCCUGGAGCCAGGCGCCGAACAGCAGCUCCACCAAAUCGAUGGGUGAACGCUCUGUUCUGUCUGCGAAGGGGUCCCACGCGGGCAGUUACGGUGACACGGAUGAGGAGUUCGGGGUCGAACCUGAGCCUGAGCUCAAGGAUGGCCUUGUUCUGAUGGUCGACCAACUAUGGCUGUGGUCCAUAGACAUGACCACCUUGACGACCUUCUUCUCGAGGCGGGAGUCGUCGCCAACAGAAGGGACGCUCUUUCAGCAGGCGGACUUGCGAAACAGCGUCUACAACGAACUCAACGGUGAUCUCACGGGGAGGACCGAGAAUACCCUGGACCUCGCGGCUUUGAUUGUGUGGCAUGCGGUCACCGUGCUCCUCGAUCGAUCCUCGCACCCCGACCUCGAAAUAUUCCGCAUCUUUGACGAAGGCAUCGGGAUACUGGCCGAGAGAAUGACGCAGAGCAUGAAGCGAUUCCGCAUCCGCGCUCUGGGCAUGGAGGCGGACGAUGACGCGACAGACUCGGAAGAGGAUUCCGAUGUCGAAGGAGAUAGCCCGGCUGCUAUCAGGAAGCGGCACAAACGCGAACUGGAAAGGUCUGAACGCGAGAAUAGAGAACACACGUCGGCCCUCCUGGAGCUCCGCGACUUCGCGGAUGAGUUGACGACGCUGCAGAAGCUCUUUGAGACGCAGGAGUCGACCAUUCGCCAAAUGAAGGAAAUCUACAUGAGCAAGGAUUUCAGGGAUGUGACCAAAAAUGGCCAGGACUUCCUAGAUGAGGCACUCGAGUAUCUGGAUGACUACAAGCAGCAAACGGCCGAGAUGCUCAAGAGGGUGGAUACGACGAGGAACGACUACGAAAAGAUGUUGGAGAUGGUGCAGCGGCAGGCGCAGGUCGACGAGGUCCGCUGGUCCCGGUUGCAAGCGGAGCUGGCAUCAAGCCAGAACCUCUCGGUGAUGAUCUUCACCACCUUCACCGUCAUCUUCCUCCCGCUGACCUUCUUUACCGGCCUGUUUGGCAUGAACACGACCGAGUGGCAGGAGCAGGUGCCCAGCCUCAAGGAGAUUGGGGCCAUCUCCCUGCCGGCGUCGGCCCUCCUGAUCAUGGUGUCGCUGGUGGCAGCGUUCAACUACCGCGUGCAAAGCACGUUCAGGAGAGCCUACGUGGGCAUCAAGGACGCAUGGAAAAUGUUGAAGCGCGUGUACGCGGAGCGAUUAGAGCCGGCGUCGAGAAAGGCGGCUAAGAGGAGGCGCCGGGAGGAGAAGAAGAAGCAGCGGCGGCUGAGGGAGGCACAUCUAGCGGGGCACGACGACCAGGGCUACGACUUCUGGGCCAUGGUCAAGAGGCAGCAGAGGGAUAUGCUGUAUCGGAUUCCCGACCAGAACGUUAACAGCUCGGCGUCGGCGAAUGGCCUGCCGGGACGGACCCGCCAGUGA